AUGGACACGAAUCCCCCCGACGAACAAACCCCCCUGCCUGGCCAAUGGCCUGUUGAUCCCCAGGAGGAUGUUCCCAUCUCCGAGGACCGAAUUUGGGUCGACGGAUGCUUCGACUUCAGCCACCACGGCCAUGCUGGUGCCAUGCUUCAAGCUCGUCGACUUGGCAAGGAACUAUUCGUGGGGAUUCAUUCGGACCAGGCUAUCCUUGAGAACAAGGGUCCUACGGUAAUGUCUCUGGAUGAACGGGUUGCGGCCGUCGAGGCUUGUCGAUGGGCCACACAGAGUGUUCCUCAUGCACCCUACGUGACCUACCUGCCUUGGGUCUCCCACUACGGCUGCAAAUAUGUCGUCCAUGGCGAUGAUAUCACCUCCGACAGCGAUGGAAAUGAUUGUUAUCGAUAUGUCAAAGCUGCUGGCCGUUUCAAAGUCGUCAAACGGACCCCCGGAAUUUCCACGACCGAUCUUGUCGGCCGCAUGCUUCUAUGCACGAAGAACCAUUUUGUCAAGUCCGUCAAGAAAUCCCUCACUGGAGAGGAGGGUUCGGGAAGCCUGGAAGAACGGAAGAGGGCUGCCGAGGAUCUUUUGCAGCGAAUCAAGGACUAUGCUACGGAUGAGAGUGGUCUGCAGCCGGGACCUCAGGUUUGGACCUGGUCGGGCUCUGGAACGGCUAAGAUCGAUGACAGGAUAGAGGAAGCCGGCUUAUUUGAAACUCUUAUUGAUGGAAAAGGCCCCAAGCCUGGCCAGCGGAUUGUCUAUGUUGACGGCGGCUUUGAUCUUUUCUCGUCCGGCCACAUCGAAUUUCUCCGACAGGUGAUGGCGCUUGAAGAGGCCGAGGGUCGCCGUCGCGGCUGGUAUAAUCCUGACCAGAAGCAAAAACGACUUGAGGAAUACCACGAAGACUAUGCACCUGCAUACAUUGUGGCGGGUAUCCAUGAUGAUGAUGUGAUCAACCACUGGAAGGGGCUGAACUACCCAAUUAUGAAUGUGUUCGAGCGUGGGCUAUGUGUCCUGCAGUGUCGAUUCAUCCAUGCGGUCAUCUUUUCUGCUCCUUUCACCCCCAGCCGGCCCUAUCUCCAAGCUAUGCCUCUAGGCAUGCCGGAUGUUGUGUAUCAUGGCCCUACAACUUUCAUUCCCUUGACUUACGACCCUUACUCUGCGCCGAAGAAAAUGGGUAUUUUCCAGGAAGUGGAGCAGCAUGCCUUCCAGCAUGUGAAUGCCGGUGAAAUUGUUGGCCGUAUCCUUAAAAGCCGAGAGGCCUAUGAAGCUCGCCAACGUGCCAAGCUGGAGAAAGGCGUGGCGGAGGAGUUGGUCAAGUCUCAAGAAGCAGCAUCUGGUUAG